GAAAAGGGAAGUUGAAAGAAGUGGGAGAGGGACAUCGCGGAGCCUUAAGAGAUCAUACGCUACAGCUGCUGGCUGCAUACUGGACACACACUGUGAACAGACACUGAAGUGCCGCAAAUAUUGACCCGGAGACAACAUUCACAGGAACUAGCUUCCCCCUUUUUGGCAGGUAUUUGCUGAAGUUUUUCACAGUACGUCAUUGUCCAGAGGAAGAGAGUGGACAGUGGGACAUGGCAAGUAGAGGUGGAGCAACACGACCCAAUGGGCCAAAUACAGGCAACAAGAUUUGUCAGUUCAAACUUGUGCUUUUAGGAGAGUCAGCGGUGGGAAAGUCAAGUCUUGUACUUCGCUUCGUCAAGGGACAGUUUCACGAAUUCCAAGAGAGCACAAUUGGAGCUGCCUUCCUGACUCAGACGGUAUGUUUGGACGACACAACGGUCAAGUUUGAAAUCUGGGACACAGCUGGUCAGGAGCGCUACCACAGUCUGGCUCCCAUGUACUAUAGAGGUGCCCAGGCAGCCAUCGUGGUCUAUGAUAUAACAAAUGAGGAGUCAUUUGUACGGGCAAAGAACUGGGUCAAAGAGCUUCAGAGACAAGCCAGUCCAAAUAUCGUAAUAGCCCUGGCCGGUAACAAGGCGGAUCUCGCAAACAAGAGAGCACUGGAUUUCCAGGACGCCCAGUCGUACGCAGACGAUAACAGCUUGCUCUUCAUGGAAACGUCAGCAAAGACCUCUAUGAACGUGAAUGAGAUUUUCAUGGCCAUUGCAAAGAAGCUUCCCAAGAACGAGCCUCAAGCCGCUGGGGCCAGCAGCGGGCGGAACAGGGGAGUGGACCUGACAGAGACGGCCCAGCCCACCAGCCGUCCCUGCUGCAGUAACUAACCCAGCUCUUCCUUCUCACCCCCCCUUCCCCGCACACAUGUACACACACUCUCUCACACACACCCCUCCACUUUGCUCCCUCUGGACAUCGGGCUCCUGGGCUGUCCCGACGUCUGACCUGACCCUCAGCCUCACUCCCCUGGAUUAGCUAAAAGACUCUGUAUAGCUGCAUUUCUAAUACCUUUUUUUUUUUUCAUUGAUGUUCUUUUUUUUCCCCUUUGUUUUUUACUUUUUUUUUUAACGAAGUGUAUAUCAAUAUAAUGAUGCAUGUUUCACUACAACGCCUAAAAAUCAUUUUUGUUUCUUAUUAAGUUGGUAGACUAACCCCAUGGAGAUCCGUGAACAUGUCAGUUUCCAAGAGCGAUUUGCUGAUCAGAAGGUGUCGCCUAAUUCGUCAUUUCACGGGGUUGACUGGAUGCGAAUUACGUUGCGUGUAAUACUCUUUGUGUGCGGGUUCAGUUUUGCUCACAAUCAAAAGAAAGCCAAAUUGUUCCCAUCGUGAGAAGCCCGACUUCUCAGACUGUUAGUUGUGAGGCAAUGAUGUGUCGGGACAGUGCCAGGAAAAGAACCCCUCCCCUCCUCACAUCCGUUACUCGAGAAGACAUCUUCAUCCAAAGGCUUCAAAUGGAAAAGUGUGGAAAAUAAAUUUUCGCACUCUGUAGGUAUUUGGAAAAGUAUACACAAAAAAAGCAAUUGGGGAAUAUUGAAGAAAAGCAGCCGUGAUACAUCAGGCUUCCAGUUUUGAGCAAUCAAUCACACAUUUUGCCAAAAACACGUGAAUCUUCAUCUUUAGAGCAGGAUGUGCUUGUCACUUUGCCACACAUCACACUUGACAACAGUGUCCGUGGUGUGGAAGAGUUUUGGGAAGUGUUGGAACAUCAGGAACCAACACCUACAGGUCAAAAAUGAAACUGAUAUGACAAGUUAGUUAAAUUCACCUUUGCUAUUCAUUGAAUGCUUUCACGAAUCUUUGAGUCCAUUCCAGGAAGUCCAUGUCAGCCCUGACACUGAUCUGGCCUCACAUGAAAAAAGAUCAACAGGAAACUGUUAAAACAUCUGGCGGAGUGACUCAAACACACGACUAAGUUAAUCUCCUGUUGUCAUUAAUCAAACUUGUUUCUGUUGAAGCCAGUAGCCAACCGGGAUCAAUGUGGACGAUCGAUGAAUUGGGGCGAGGGGUGUUAUAGAGUUCAGACGGCACACAAACUGAAAAUUGGACUAUUAUCCACUGUCACAAGUCUUUGAAAAAAUAUACUCUAAUGUUAUAGGGUGCAAUGUUGCAAUAUUGUCUUCUUCCUCCUUCCGUACAGCUUGCAGCGCCCAUGAGCUCGCCUGGAAAUUUAUCUAGAGAUUCCGAACAAUUGUACAGUUCAGUAUAAGUCUGCGUUUCUUUUCUUUUUUUUGUUCUUUUUGCUCUAUUUCAUUCUAGACCUUGUCACAAACUGGUCAAAUGUUAAGCAGUGGUGGUAUUUUUAGAUAUAUGUAGUGUUAUUAACAAAAUCCCUAUGUGGUGUCUUGUUACUUUUCUCAGAAAUGGUCCAUGGUUAUGUUUGAAAGGAACUUUUAUCGCGUUGUUGUUGAUCAUGUUUUAAUUGAUGAUAACUGCCCUUCGAUUUUUUUAUGACGGACUGUAUUGGACUUGCUAACCUACGACUAUAAACAGGUAGCGUAAUUAACCUUAACCGGUGGUAUCUCUCUUUACAGCUCAAUGAAUUUUAAUAAUGUAAAACAGCAUUACUAGUGAUGGGCUGAUCAGUUUUGAGUGUCUGAAUUACAACUUAAUAAAUUCGAUGAAGAAGUU